AUGUGGUGGAAAGAUAUAAUGAACAUUAACAUCGAUAGCUCGAGUCAAGCAGAGGAAUUCUCAGUAAGAGAAGCUUAUAAAGAAUUAAUAUCUUCUUCUCAAAAUAAUACAUCUAGUGCUUGGUCUAGGUUGUGGAACAGAGCAAUUCCAUCAAAGGUGUCGGGGUUGGGGUGGAGAUUGCUUCAAAAUAGAAUUCCAACUGUCAAUAACUUAAUUAAGAGAGGAGUGCUAGAUCAGAACUCAAACAGAUGUGCUGGUGAAUGUGGGAGGGAGGAAUCUGUGUCUCACUUGUUUUUUGAGUGUACGGUUUUCGCAGGAAUAUGGAAUCAUAUACUUCAGUGGCUAGGCGUGAAAAUAGCAAUGCAGAGAGAUGGUUGGCAGCAUUUGGAACAAUUCGAAGGUCUGAUUUCAAGAGACAAAACAAUAUCGACAAAGUUGACAGUAAUUUGGUUUGCUUGCAUAUGGUGUAUAUGGAAAGCUAGAAAUGAAAAGAUAUUCCAAAAUGAAGAAAUAAAUAUCGAAAAAAAUGGUGGAAGAGGCGAAAUUGUUAUCCUGGAAAUGGCUGCACAUCAAGAUAAGAUGUAUCGAAGAUAG